AUGUCUACUACUACAUUAGAGAAAAAAAAUGGGUCCCAUUCCCCUGCUUCUUCAUUUGAUGAGGACACCAACAAGAAGCUGAUACAACAAGAGAUCGCUGCCAUAUCCACACAACAUGAAGAGAAAGCGAGUGAUUCUGAUCCGGGAGACAAAUCCAAAAAGAAAAAAAAGGAAAAGAAGGAGAAGCAGCCUGCUGUGCCUAUUCACAAACUGUUUCGAUUUGCCACACCUUUGGAAGCAGCCAUGGUGUUGGCUGCCUGCCUACUGUCUGCUGCUGUUGGUGCUAUACAGCCUCUAUCCAUCAUCAUCUUUGGUCAAUUCCUCAGCAACAUUGGCACAUCCAUGGCCACCACCCAAGAUUUCGAAAAACUGGCGAGGGACACUCAUCCGUUGGUAUUGACUUUUGUGUACAUGGGCACUGGUGUCCUGAUUGCUGCCUAUACAACACAUUGUUUCUGGGUCCUGUCUGGUGAAUUCCAGGUGCGUCGCAUUCGAACUAUGUAUGUACAUGCCAUUCUUCGUCAAGACAUGGGCUGGUUUGAUAAGGCAGAGGAAGGCUCUUUGACUACAAGAUUGGCUACUGACACUCAGUUGAUCCAAGAAGGUAUCAGUGAGAAAUUUGGUCUUUUGGUCAUGUGCAUCAGUCAGUUUAUCACCGGUUUUAUUGUUGCGUUCAUCAAGGGCUGGAGAUUAGCUGUUGUCAUUCUGGCUACCGUGCCUAUCAUGGCUGCUGCUGGUGGUUUAAUGGGAUACUUUAUCACGAAAUACACUACAAGAGCCCAAGAUUCCUAUGCCGAUGCUGGAUCAGUCGUCGAGCAGGUAUUCUCUGGUAUUCGCACUGUAUACUCGUUCUCGCUGCAAACGAGAUUCUCUCAUCUGUAUGAAAAGAAGCUUGAAGUAGCAAAGAAGCACGGUAUUGUGCGCGGCCUUUGCCUUGGUUUUGGUUUUGGAGGUUUCAUGUUCACCCUCUUUGCUACAUACGGCCUGUCUUUCUGGUAUGGCAGCAAACUGACACGCGAAGGACAUAUGGAGGGCGCAGAUGUGAUGGUCGUCUUUUUCUCCAUGAUCAUCGGUGCUUCUGGACUCUUGCUUAUGCCACAAAACCUAUCUGCCGUCUCAAGCGCUUGUGGCGCUGCUUUCAAGAUAUACAGGACCAUUGAUCGUGUACCUCCCAUUGAUGUUGAUGCCAAAGCAGGUCUGGUUUCCAAAAACUUUGUGGGUGAAAUAGAAUUCAAGAAUGUCAAAUUCAACUACCCUACUCGUCCUGACACAACCAUCCUCAAUGGCCUCAAUCUCAAGAUUCAACCUGGCUUGACCGUAGCUUUUGUUGGUUCGAGUGGGUCUGGCAAAUCUACGUGCAUUCAACUUUUACAGCGCUUUUAUGAUGCUUCGGAGGGCUCUGUUCUUGUAGAUGGUCAUGAUGUCAAGGAUUACAACGUGGCAUGGCUUCGUAGCCAGAUUGGUGUGGUGAGUCAAGAGCCUGUAUUAUUCAACAUGUCCAUCAAACAAAACCUGCUGAUGGGUGUUACUGAAGAAGUGACCAACGACGAUAUUGUUGAUGCCUGCAAGAAAUCCAACUGCCACACAUUUAUCUCUGAAUUGCCUGAUGGUUAUGAAACGCUUGUCGGUGAACACGGUGGUAUGCUUUCAGGCGGUCAAAAGCAGAGAAUUGCCAUUGCGCGCGCUAUUCUCAAGAACCCUUCCAUUCUCUUGCUAGAUGAGGCCACCUCUGCUCUAGACACACAAUCUGAACGUCUUGUACAGAAUGCACUGGAUGCUGCUUCUGCUGAUCGUACUACCAUUGUCAUUGCUCAUCGUCUGUCGACCAUCAAGAACGCAGAUCUCAUUGUCGUCAUGCAAUCCGGUAACUUGGUGGAGCAAGGAAGCCACAAUGAUCUUUUAGCCCUGGAUGGUGUUUACGCUGAACUGGUACGAAAGCAAGAAAUUGCCACCAAACAAAUUGGCAGUGCUGUAGAAGAGCCUGACUCAGACGAGUUACUGAAGCGGGAACAGUUGGAACUCAUUGCUGAAAAGCAGCGUGUGGAAGAUGUCUUGCUCAAUGAAAAGGAUGUCACUACAGUCAACCUGUUCAAGACCACCAGUCGUGCUUCUGUGGACGCGUAUGAACUCAAACGCCGUAAGGAAAAAAAUCAGCGCAAGGAAACUAUGCAAAAGAAAGCUCCUCUUGGUAAAGUCUUGGAGCAAAUGCGCCCUGAAUGGCAUUUGCUGGUGCUCGGUGUGCUGGGUGCUAUUGUCUCGGGCGCCAUCUUCCCUACCUUUGGCCUCAUCUUUGCUCAAGUUAUUAGCAAACUGGUAGACAAAAACGCCCCUCCUCCUGGGCCCUUGGAGGGCACCAACCUCUACUCGUUCUUAUUCAUCGUCAUCGGCAUUGCUGCUUUCUUGGGCAUGAGUGGACAAAUUGUGUCUUUUGAAAUUGCAGGUGAACGCUACACCAAACGUCUUCGUGCUGCUGUCUUUCGAGCUUACAUGCGUCAAGAAGUGGGCUUCUUUGACCGAGAAGAGAACAGUCUGGGUGCUCUCACUGCCAAACUAGCUGUGGAUGCCAAGAACGUCAAUGAACUGAUUACCAAGGUAUCUGGCGAUGUCACUCAAAUUGUUGUUACUGCCAUUACUGGUCUUGUCAUUGCAUUUACGCAAAGCUGGAUGUUGACUCUGAUUAUUCUUACCAUGGCUCCCUUCAUUGCGUUUGCCAAUUACUACCAGUCCAAGAUUGAAAACGGCUAUGAAGAUCAAACCAAGGCUGCUAAUGAGCAAAGCGGUGAAGUAGCCGGUGAAGCCAUCAAAGAGAUUCGCACUGUCGCUGGCCUCAACAAACAAACCUAUUUCGAAACCAAAUAUUAUAAUGCCACUGAACAUCCCCAUCAGCUUGCUAAACGUAAAGCGGCCAGUUCCUCUAUUGGUUUUGCGUUUCAACAAGGUAUCUCUUACUACGCCAACGCUGUUGCCUUCUUUGCUGGUAUCCAACUGAUGUGGCAUCACGGCCUCACCUUUGACAGAAUGUUCACUUGUAUGAUGACCAUCAUGAUCACAGCUCAAGGCGUAGGCCGUGCGUCUGUCUUUGCAACUACCUUUGCCAAGGCCAAAUAUUCGUCUAUUGCUGCUUUCGAGAUCCUGGAGCGCCAGCCUUUGAUUGAUGGUCAGCUGGAAGGCAUUGAACCCAGCCGUGCUCAAAUCAGAGGUGAUAUCGACUGUCAAGAUAUCAGUUUCCGCUAUCCUGCUCGUCCUGAUGUGUCUGUCUUUAGCGGCCAUUUCAGUCUUCAUGGUAAAGCUGGUCAAAGUAUCGCGAUUGUUGGUCCAAGUGGUUGUGGUAAAUCAACUACUAUUGGCUUGUUGCAACGAUGGUACGAUGCUGCUACUGGCACAGUUCGCUUGGAUGACACUGAUGUCAAAAACUACACCCUCCACAAUCUUCGUAGCCACAUGGCGUUGGUAUCUCAGGAGCCCAUCUUGUUUGACAUGAGUAUUCUGGACAAUAUCAAGUUUGGUGUGGAUGAAUCCAAAGAGGCGACCCAAGAAGAAGUGGAAGCUGCCUGUCGUGCUGCCAAUAUUCAUGAUUUCAUUGCUUCCUUGCCAGACGGGUAUUCAACUAGAGUUGGUGAUAAGGCUAGUCAGCUCUCUGGUGGUCAGAAGCAAAGAGUUGCUAUUGCUCGUGCAUUGAUUCGUAAGCCCAAGGUGCUUUUGUUGGACGAAGCCACAUCAGCAUUAGACAGUGAGAGCGAGAAACUCGUGCAAGGUGCCAUUGACAACAUUAUUGAAGAAGGAGGCCGUACCACGAUCACUAUUGCCCACCGUCUGUCUACAAUUCAGAAUGCUGAUCUCAUUUGCGUCGUCAAGAGUGGUCGUGUCGUUGAACAAGGCACGCAUUGGGAGCUUUUGAAUAUGAGAGGCGUCUACUAUGAUCUUGUGCGUCAACAGUCGUUGAAUGCUCACUAA